AUGUCUGGGUUCAUCGACUUCGAUGCUGGACAUCGAGACCUGGUGACAGUUACCAAGUUCAAUUUUUAUGGGAAUCGGAUCGUUACUGCAUCUUCUGAUCAUCGUAUGAAGGUGUGGGAUCAGAAAGAUGGCGAAUGGCAGUUGGUAGAUACAUGGCGCGCCCAUGAUGCGGAAAUUCGCGAUGCUAUUUGGAACGGUCCGUUUACUGGUCAACAUAUUGGCAGCGUGGGUGAAGAUAUGAAAUGCAAGAUCUGGCAAGAAGAUGUCACCCAGCCGCCAAAUUCGGGCCGGCGAUUCAGAUCCAUUUUCCGGAUGACGGCACCAGACCGACAUCCAUUUGUCUCUAUGGAUUUUCGCAACAUUGAUCUUGAAACUUGGUUGGCUGUCAUCACCCGGGAUGGUUACUUGAUGGUUAUGGAACCUGUGAGUCCGGACACGCUUGCCGAUUGGCAACCUGUCGACCAGUUCAGGGUCUGCACAUCGCCGCAAAGAGGGGAGGAGACGAGUUUUAAAGUGCAGUUCCACCACGACCCAAUGGAUGUCACGCAUUCCGUUCUGCCGAGCUCGGAUCGUAAGUGUCUGUCGCUCGUGGUGGCCGCCAUGGACACGGUCAAGAUAUAUCGCACGGACGCCAAUCGUCGUUUCUAUCAUGCCAUUGAGUUGACCGGGCACGGCGGACUUGUAAGGGAUAUUUCAUGGGCCAAUGGUUCUGUUAGAGGUUAUGACCUUAUCGCCAGUGGUUGCAAGGACGGCUUUGUUCGAGUAUUCGAGGUCUACACGGCUGUUGCAAAAAACAAUAACAAAGAUAACAAUGUGCUGGAUAACACCAGCAAUCACCACGCAGACAAAGCAGCACAAUCGCCGUCAAUUCGCGCGACCUCGCAGUCUGGGAUCGGGUCAGCUCUGGCCAGCCGUCCGUCAGAACAUACGACGAGUCGCCCAGCGACAGGGGUCUCGCCAUUUAAACACUCCUACAGGGAAGUCGCCUGCGUUGACAGCAAGCAUUUGGAUGUGUGGCAGGUUGAGUUUUCAUAUGCUGGUGAUUGUCUUAUUUCCUCUGGUGAUGAUGGAAUUGUACGGUUCUGGAAGAAAGCGUUGACAGGAGAAUGGCUUGAAUAUGCUGAAACCGACAUAGCAUAUCAGUAG